UUGGCUCGGGCGUGGCAGCCCCCCCGCCCCCCGCACGGCCCGAGCGGAGUCGAGCCGAGCCGUGCUGAGCCGAGCCGAGCCGAGCCGAGCCGCGCAGCCCCGACCCGCAGCCGGUGCCCAGCUGAGCCCAGCGCCAUGUUCCUGGUCAAGAGCUUCCUCGGUGGCGGCGGCGGUGGAGGAGGAGGCGGCGGUGGCGGCGGCGGCAUCGGGGGCAACAUUGGCAACGUCAUCGGGGGGCUGCUGAGUGGCGGUGGGGGUGGGGGCGGAGGCCGGGGCGGCGGCGGUGGCGGAGGAGCCAUGAACUUCCUGGGGGGAGUCAUCAGUGCCAUCAGUGAAGCGGCUGCCCAGUAUAACCCAGAGCCCCCGCCCCCCCGCAGCCACUUCUCCAACAUCGAAGCCAAUGAGAGCGAGGAGGUGCGGCAGUUUCGGAGGCUUUUCACCCAGCUGGCUGGAGAUGACAUGGAGGUGAGCGCCUCGGAGCUGAUGAACAUCCUCAACAAGGUGGUGACGCGACACCCUGACCUGAAGACGGACGGCUUUGGCGUCGACACGUGCCGCAGCAUGGUGGCCGUCAUGGACAGCGACACGACGGGGAAGCUCGGCUUCGAGGAGUUCAAGUACCUCUGGAACAACAUCAAGAAGUGGCAGUGCAUCUACAGGGACUACGACACCGACCGGUCUGGCACCAUCGGGAGCCAUGAGCUGCCCCGGGCCUUCGAGGCGGCCGGCUUCCGUCUGAACGAGCAGCUCUACCAGAUGAUCGUGCGCCGCUACUCGGACGAGAACGGCAACAUGGACUUCGACAACUUCAUCAGCUGCCUCGUGCGCCUGGACGCCAUGUUCCGUGCCUUCAAGUCGCUGGACAAGGAGGGCAACGGGCAAAUCCGCGUGAGCCUCCAGGAGUGGCUGCAGCUCACCAUGUACUCCUAAGCGCUGACAGACCCCGCUGUGCCCCCCGCGCUCCCCUGUCCUCCUGCCUCCCCUCCGGACCCGGGUCGCCCCAUGGAUCCCAGCUGCUGGCCCCGUGCCAGGCGCUGUACGUGCGGUUCUCUCUGCCAGGCAUGGGGGUUUCUCCCGCGGAUCUUGCGCCCCCCCAUAAGCUUCUUGGGGGCAGGACAAGGCUCACUGUCAAGGGUACGUGGGCUAGUGGCAGAGGGGGCCGGGGGGCCGUGUGCCAACUGCCUGCCCCCCACCCUGGCUGUGUUUUCUACUGCUCUGUAGGAAGGAUAAUAAAGGUCUCCGAUAACA